AUGGAACCCUGGGGGUCUCGGCUGUACUUAGUGCCGGCUCAGAAGCUAGGUAAAUAUAUCCAGGACAAGCUGAAGCCCUGUGAAGACUGCCAGAAACAGAUCGACGAGACUGUGAACACCAUCUGUGACAUCCUGGAGGAACCCAAGAAAUUCCCCAAUGUGCAGGGAGUGGCCAAAGGUGGCUCCUAUGGCCGGGAAACAGUCUUGAGAGGCAUCUCUGGUGGUACCCUCGUCCUCUUCCUCAGUGACUUCAAACAUUUCCGGGAUCAGAAGGAAAGCCAACAUAAAUACCUCAACAAGAUUGGUGAAAAGCUGGAGUCCCAUCUAAACACAAUGAAGCUGCAAGACAAGAUGUGGAUCCAGGAGACCCAAGGUGUGCUUGCUAUCCGGUUGUUCACAAAACAUCAGAGAAUCUCCUUCCAGAUGCUGACCGCCUUCAAAGCUCUAGGCCCUGGUGAGAAUCCCAGCCCCCAGGUCUACCGAGAUCUCAAAAGGUCCUUGAUUAAGACAAAAGCCAGCCCCGGUGAGUUUGCCGUCUGCUUCACUGAACUCCAGCAGAAGUUCUUUAGUAGCCUCCCCAGAAAACUGAAGGAUUUGAUCCUCUUGGUAAAGCACUGGUAUCAACAGUGCCAGAGAAAACGGCCCGAGUUAUCCUGGCUGCCUCCAUAUGCCCUUGAGUUGCUCACAGUGUACGCCUGGGAACAGGGAUGUGGAGAAGAAGACUUUGACAUCUCUGAGGGCAUCAGAACCAUUCUGGAGCUGAUCGAGCAGAAGGACCAGCUGUGCAUCUACUGGACGGUCUACUUCAACUUUGAGGAUGAGACCGUUCGCAACAUCCUGCUGAAACAGCUCCGAUCAGAAAGGCCUAUGAUCUUGGAUCCAACUGACCCAACCAAUAAAUUCAGUGGAGAUGGGCAAUGCUGGAAACUGCUGAAAGAAGAAGCUCAGAACUGGCUGGCGUCUCCUGGUCUGUGCAACGAGCUGCCAUUGCCAUCCUGGGAUGUGCAGCCUUCACCGCUCUUCACAACUAAGGGUGAACAUCUAAUUAAAUUCAUCGAGGACUUCCUCCAGCCUAACAAGCGCUCCCUAGCUGAGAUCAACAAUGCUGUUGAAGCCAUCUGUGCAUUCCUUACAAAAAAAUGCUUUCAACAUUCACCCAACAAGAUCCAGAUCGUCCAGGGAGGUUCAAUUGCCAAGGGCACCGUACUGAAGACUGGCUCCAAUGUCGACCUCAUUGUGUUCCACGACUCUCUUGAAAGCUACACCUCCCACAAACACAAGUGCUUAGAAAUUAUCAAGGAGAUUCACAAACAGCUGGAAACCUACGAGCGGGAGAAGUGUGAAGUCAAGAUUAAGAUUUCAAAAUGGGAGGCUCCCGGGGUGCUGAGCUUCUCCCUGAAAUCCAAAAAACUCAAGCAAAGUAUUGACUUUGACGUGCUGCCAGCCUUUAAUGCUCUAGGUAAGUGGAAUUCUGGCUGGAAACCCAACCCGGAGGUCUAUGCUGAGCUCAUUGAGCUCUAUAAAUCCUCAGACAUCCUGGGGAGAGAGUUUUCCUCCUGUUUCACACUGCUGCAGCGAAACUUCAUUUGCUUCCGGCCCACGAAACUGAAGAAUUUAAUUCGCCUGGUGAAGCACUGGUACAAACAGUGUGAAAAUAAACUGAAGGGCUCUUUGCCCCCAAAGUAUGCCUUGGAGCUGCUCACUGUCUAUGCCUGGGAGCAGGGGAGUGGGACCGAGGAUUUUGACACUGCGGAAGGUUUCCGGACAGUCCUGGAGUUGGUCGCACAGUAUCGGCAGCUCUGCAUCUUCUGGACUGUCAAUUACAACUUUGAAGAUGAGACUCUGAGGAAUUUCUUGCUGAGUCAGAUCCAGAAAACCAGGCCUGUGAUCUUGGACCCAGCGGAACCUACUGGUGAUGUGGGUGGAGGGGACCGUUGGUGUUGGCAUCUUCUGGCCAAAGAAGUCAAGGAAUGGCUGUCCUCUCUCUGCUUCAAGGAUGGGAGUGGAAACCCAGUGCAGCCGUGGAAAGUGCCAGCAAGAGUCAUCUGAGGGAGGUGGGAUCUGGAGAUCGUCCUCU